CACCCUACGAAACACCUCACCGGUACAAUCACUUAGCAAAUCUAGCCCAUCUCACCAUCUCCAGCUGAGCUCAACACCACUACUACUGCAAACUCGAUAGGGAUGGCUCGCGGUGCAGCUACUCAGCUCGUGCUGGUCGCCAUGGUGGCCGCUAUGCUCCUCGUAGCCUGCGAUGCGGCGAUAUCCUGCGGUCAGGUGACCUCUGCCUUGAGCCCCUGCAUCUCCUAUGCACGCGGCAACGGCGCCAACCCGCCUGCGGCCUGCUGCAGCGGCGUCAGGAGUCUGGCCGGUGCAGCCCGGAGCACCGCUGACAAGCAAGCAGCGUGCAAGUGCAUCAAGAGCGCUGCUGGUGGGCUCAACGCUGGCAAGGCCGCCGGCAUCCCUUCAAAGUGCGGCGUCAGCGUCCCCUACGCCAUCAGCUCAUCUGUGGACUGUUCUAAGAUUCGUUGAUCGACCACUUCUU